AAUCAUUUUCCUGCCCUUUCAGGCUAUUAUAUCGGCAUGUGUUUUGCAGCACCUGAGAAACAACUGUGCAGUUUUUACCAGAUUCCUGAAGGUUGGAAAGUUUUCUUCCUCUUAGCUGUUCUUGCCCCAACAGUUGCUGGUGUUUUAGCAUAUUACUGGUCACAAAAUGGUUGGCGUAACCAUCCCCUAGUCAAGACUAUUUCCCUUUAUGCCCUCCCACAGUCAGAUUGGAGGGCAGUGGCUUCUUCUAUCAACACAGAAUUCAGGAGGAUUGACAAGUUUGCUACCGGAGCCCCAGGAGCAAGAGUAAUUGUAACAGACACUUGGAUCUUGAAAGUGACUACAUAUUGUUUACACAUUGCCCAACAGCGGGACAUCUAUCUAACAGUGGUGGACUCCAGACAGCAUGAUCUCUUGCCAGAUUCAAAUAUGCCUGCACAGUUCCUCACAAUCCGUGUUGCCAGUGUUAAUCCUAAUGUGAAAACUUUUGAUAUCCGGUAAAAUAGAUCAACUUUCCUGUUUAUUGAUUAUUCAUAGUGUGCAUAAUGUUAGGCUUCGUUACUAUAUUGCAUGAUGAAUCUCAUUGUUAGUUCUGUAUUUUAUAGCAAAUCACCUGAAACUGAUAUAACCUGGUUGAUGCAAAUAUGUUUUUCAUACUGGUGAAUAAGGUCAAAUGCAAGAAUAACAAAGACGAUAGUAGAAUUCAGAGACAUAGCCAUUGUUAGUCUGGAAUAUCAGUAUGCAAAGGGAUCUUGUAGCACCUUUGACACUAACUAUGUGAAAAAAUUGUAGCAUAAGGUUUUGUAGCCUUGGCUUACUUCCUCAAAUGCAUCAAGUGAAUUCAGUCUUUCUUUUCUUUCAGUCUCAUUUAAGAAAAUAAAACAAUAUAUUCAGGUUUGUGGAGACACAAAUGAAAGUGCUGUAGGUAAACGUUUGCAUCAUUUGCAUCCAAUUCUAGUGCUCAGUAUAUUUCGAUACUUAGUUUAAAGCCUAUCAUGUUACUGUUUUUCUUUCUUUGCAUAUCAAAUAGUAUACCAGGCCAUGCUAUCUUUUCCUUAGACCUCACAA